UCCCGUCCGAGAGGACGUGUAGCGCCUAACGACACAAAUCGUUCUACAUACGAUCCGCGUCUAACAAACAUAAUUCCUACAAGAUUGUAGCCGUAAAGGAUGAAAGUGCAAAGUGUACCGUUCGCAAAAUUAACAGAAAUGAAGUGCAACAAUCAAACUUUAAAAGGAAAGGAUUAAGUGAAUUAAUUGCUCGAAACAAAUAUAUUUUAAGUUAGUUCUCGCGCUAUGAGGGUAAUCCCUACACGCGGUUACGAUAAACUAGUCCCGAUUAACGUAAUGCCAGUUUAAAAAUAUCCCAUUUAUGUCAUGUCAUUUUUAAAUUCGUUUCUCGUAUUUAAUUCUGACAGUUUAUGUGACAGUCGGAAUAAGUUGUGACAUGGUUUUUGUCGGACUAAUUAAGGAAUUAGAAGUGUUACGAUGAAAAGAAAACGGGUGUGAAAUUAAAUAUAAUAUAGUGUUGUUAAUUAGUAGAUAUUAAUGAUGGCUGAUCUGAAGAAAAUUAAGUGGCAUACGUAUUUUUUAAAUGCGGUUAUGCUUUUCGUCACUAUGAUUUAUGAAGCCGGCGGCCUCCGUACCACGGAACUCCACAUCACGCCUCGCGUCGUUCAGAGAGGAAGAAACGUUACUAUGGCCUGCUUGUAUCGUCUACACGAGAGUGAAAUCUAUUCGGUUAAGUGGUACAGGGGCUCGCAAGAGUUCUACAGAUACUCGCCCCUUGAAUCGCCUACGACUCGAGUGCUACCUGUAAAUGGGAUAAAGGUUGAUAGGUUAAAUUCAAACGAAACCCACGUAGUGUUAAUACGAGUAACGCCCAAUCUCAGUGGUAACUACAGCUGCGAAGUAAUACAGAACGCACACACGUUUCCUCAUUACAUGGCCACAGCAAGACUGGAUGUUGUUGGUAUAGGAGGUCUCCGCGCAACAGAACUCCGAAUAUCACCCCCCGUGGUCCAGCGAGGGUCUGACGUCACACUUGCGUGCAACUACGAGCUCACAGACGCGCCUCUGUACUCCGUCAAGUGGUAUAGAGGGAGGCAUGAGUUCUAUAGAUACUCGCCUACCGAGACACCGGCUACCAAGAUCUUUCCGUUCGCUGGGAUCAAUGUUGAUUUGGCCAGAUCGAACCAGAGUCAAGUAGUCCUAACAAGGGUUAGCUUCGGUCUGUCCGGUAACUUCAGUUGUGAGGUCACAGCCGAUGCGCCUUCCUUCGCCACGUCUAUCGUUUCCAACACUAUGGAUGUUGUUGUGCUACCACCCUCAUCACCGAUGAUACACACCAGCCAGCACUACUACAUGCCAGGUGAUGUGCUUCGAGCGAACUGCACAUCUGGUCCAGGUCGCCCGCCCUCAGAACUGACAUUCUUCAUCAAUGAUAUUCCUGUAACGCCAGGUCUCCACAGUGCACAACCAGCACCAGAAGGGCUGUUCCUAUCAGAACUCUUCGUGCAGGUGCACCUCUGGCCAGCGCACUAUGAGAGAGGAGCGCCCAUACUCCGAUGUGAAGCGAAAGUCGGAGACCUGUAUAGAGACAAUGCCGCUGUCGCGUUGUACUCUGCUAAUAGUGACCCUAAGAUAGAAAGAGUAACCUCGCCGGGAUCCGGAGCCAAAUUGCAAGUGUGCCAAAUUUUAAUUCUACUAUGUAUCAUCGUGUGGGCUAACAAUACAUAGAGUAUAGCUGUGUCUUGUAUAUCCUGAGAGAAAACCGCAUUAGGAAAUGUACAUGCCAAUAAUGAUAUAGAAUUAAACGACGAAACAUCAUCAGUAAUCAUUAGUAUACACAAACUUUUUACGAAAAGAAGAAAUUAGGACAUGACUACAAUUUGGUUUAUAUACGUUUUAAAUUAGAGACAAUUAUAAGGAAGGCGGUUAAGAAGAUGAAAAUAUUUGGAGGAAUGGAUGAACUUAUAAAAAUACGAAUACAUGAAUCCUAUACAAAAUUACACUCUUUCCACUAAUGAUUACGAACGCGGUAACUAAUGGCAACGGAACCUUUUAAAAGCGACGCUCACUAGAAUUUUUUAACUGUAAUUGUUUUGUAUAGGCCGUUACACCUAACAGCGUUUGUCCAUUAAAAAUCCGAGGUGUUUUGUAACUGUUCCUUUCAUGUCUCGUCUCAAAAUGGCCGCUCUGUGACGGUGCUAUACUAAGGAAGCAGAGCUAAGCUAUGCAAAUUUUACAAUUAACGUUAUGUAUGGAUCAAUUCCAAGCCAAAUGUCUUAAAUCAUGAGAAAUGAUUGCAUUUUGAACGAUAUUUGAUGCCACUUGCAGGAGUUGAAAUAUAAUUCAAAUUGAAUUUAUUUAUUAGGUUAAGAAUUAACUCAAUUUAGUUUAAAAAUUUAUGAGAAAUUCUGUGAUGUUCAUAUAAUUUAUUGGUACUCGGAAUUUGUAAUAAAACAUGAUAAAAUGAAAUGAGAAAUUGAUUACCAAUAUAAUGAAUAAACACUUAUUGUAAAUAUGUUUAUUUGAUUUGUUGUGUUAUGAGGAACAUAAGAAAUUAGGUAAUUCUGGUGUAACCCAACCAAUGUUUAUAAUAUUUUAGUUUUAACGGUUCAAAUGUCGUAAAUAUAGUGUAAAUUAUGUAUAUACACUUGUUGAAUAGGUAAGUUUACUUGAUGAUGUUUAAAUUAAGGAAAAGAAAUAGCGAAGAAAGCGUAAUAAUUCAAAAAUUAUGUACCUACCUUCUUCUAUGCGUCCGACAUAACGCGUGUAGACAGGGCAAUAUGUACCAAGUCAGCCGAGGUUAGUAUCAUUUAAGCAAACCAUGAGUUCCUUACUUAAGACAAAAACCAUUGUAGCGAUUCAUUUUUUUGGGCAAUGCAUCUACGCCUACUUAAAGCUCCUGGAGAAAUGGCCCCUGGAUUAUGUCGUACUGCCACUAGAUAGACUCCACUGUGUACUGUCGAGUCGUUUUCAGUGGCGAGGUCGCGGAUAUUGUUGUAGAUUUAAGAAGAAUAAAGGCCUAUUCAAACGGGAUAGCUAUCCGCUAACGCCGUGGGUAGCGGAUUCCCGAUGGUUAGUUACCUGAGCGAUUAAUGUAUCUACUAUUUAACUAAUGUACUAUAUAAGGUAGCGGCUAUCUCUCCGGUUUGAAUAGACCUUAUCAUCAGCUAGACUUUGAAGAAGUGCAGUUCUCUCUCAGGAUAUCGACGUAUUGUAACAUAUUUUAUAUAGAUGUAACAUAGUUGUAACCGAUUCGAAAUGGAUUGUGAAUUUAAUAGUACUGUACCUAAACGAGCUGCUAAUUAUACCAAAGAAUGUAAAGACUAAGAUAUUGUUGAUUUAAUACAAAUUAUAUGUCGAA